AUGGAAAGCACCGUCAGGGACGGAGAGGAAGUCUCAGUGAAGGAAAAACAAGUUCUUGCAACUAGAACUGCCGAAGAGUGCCAAAGCGAGGGAGACACGGCAGUACUGUCAUUGCUGCAGCGACGCACAUGGCAGCAAACAAGGCGCAUUGUAGCCUGGAUCCUUCGCUUCGUCAGGAACGUUGUAGGACAGGCAAAUACCAACAACCAGUCACCCAUAUUAUUAUCUACGCUACUUUCCGUACCGAGGAACGCCGUGGGAACAAGGCUAAACGGAAAGGAGAUACUCAUCGCAGGAAAGCUGCUCAUAAGGCUUCAUCAACAGCAAAUAACCUCAAAAGUCAUCAACUCCAUGCAACGGCUGAAUAUCAAGAAAGAUGCCGAAGGCCUUUUCCGAUGUUAUGGACGAUUGGGAAACAGCGACCUAGAUGAUGACGCCAAAAUUCCGUUGAUCAUCCUACAAAACUCGAUGUUGGCGGAAAGAAUCAUCGACGACUGCCACGGCAGAGGACAUCUAUCCGAGGAGUUGAGUUGCUUUCCAAGGAAACUGUCCCAUAUGAGGUCUGUGCGAAGACUAUUGCAAAUCAAUUUCAGCGCCAAAGACAAAUGA